GUCUAUCGCGGCGCCGCGGCCUACGACUCGUACGUCGCCAAGCGCGACGAUGGGCGGGCAGGCGCGCAGAAGGCGACGGGUCCGAUCCGGCAGACGGCAAACGUGCGCACCAUCACCGUCACCGACUACCAGCCCGACGUGUGCAAGGACUACAAGGAGACGGGCUACUGCGGCUUCGGCGACACGUGCAAGUUCCUGCACGACCGCUCCGACUACCUCGCCGGCUGGCAGCUCGAUCAGCUGCCCAACUCGGCGGCGCGCAACGCCGGCGACGCAGAGAGCGAGGAGGAAGAGGACGUGCCAUUCGCCUGUCUGCUCUGCCGCCAGGACUUUACUGACCCCGUCGUCACCAAGUGCGGCCACUACUUCUGCGCGGCCUGCGCCAUCAAGCGCUACGCAAAGACGCCAAAGUGCUUUGCGUGCGGCGCACAAACGCAGGGCAUCUUCAAUGCUGCGACCAAGGUGCUGCAGCGCAUGGAGAAGCGCAAGCAGGAG